AAAUAAACAAUUCUCUCUCUCUCUCAAGCCGUCCGACUCUAAAAGUCUAAAACUCCCAUCAAAAUCUCAUAGCAAGUACAAUUCUUUCAUUUGUAUUUAGAUAUAGAUAAAAAUGGAUCAAGAUUUUAAGGGUAUUGCUAUGUCUACUAUAACUCAUGAUUAUAAUUAUAAUAAUCAAAGUGAUGAUAGCAGUAUCGAUCAUGAAGAUCAGUUAAUGGAUGACUUGAGAAGAGGUCCAUGGACUGUUGAAGAAGAUCUUUUACUUGUCAAUUACAUUGCUAAUCAUGGUGAAGGCCGUUGGAACUCCUUAGCUCGUUGUGCCGGUUUGAAAAGAACGGGUAAGAGCUGUAGACUAAGAUGGUUGAAUUACUUACGCCCGGAUGUUCGUCGAGGAAAUAUUACUCUUGAGGAACAACUUCUAAUUCUUGAACUUCAUUCUCGCUGGGGAAAUCGGUGGUCCAAAAUAGCACAACACUUACCGGGCAGAACAGAUAAUGAAAUAAAGAAUUAUUGGAGAACAAGAGUUCAAAAACAUGCGAAACAACUUCAAUGUGACGUAAAUAGUAAGCAAUUUAAAGACACCAUGCGUUAUCUUUGGAUGCCAAGAUUAGUCGAACGUAUUCAAGCAGAGGCAGCAUCCACUGCCACGACAGCUUCUUCAAACGGAGCUAAAGUUGCCACCGCCAACUCUACAAACUACAUGAAUCAACCCAACACCACCAUGAACAACGGUUAUAACCAGGAAUUCAGCGAUGAUCAAUAUAUAUUUCAAACUAGCAAUAACGAAUUUUCGGGUUCUUUUAAUAAUCAGAGUUUCGUUUCUGCAACACCUGAGAAUUCAAGUACUGGUGGUUCAUCAGAUUCUAUGGGGAGUAAUACUCAAUUAUCAUCAGACUGUUAUAGCUUUCCUCACAGCAAUACUUACAAUAUUACCCAAAAUACCCAUACUAAUAAUUAUUCAGAAACAUUAUUUCGUCCCAACUCUAAUUAUUACUACCAUCAACAACAGCAACAACAAGGUUUGGAGUUUCAGGGUAUUGAUCAGCAACAGAACAACAACAACAACAUGUGGUUAGGUGGUGGUGAGGAUGUAUUUGACAAUAUAUGGAACAGUGAUGAUAUGUGGUUUAUCCAACAACAGUUAUCUAAUGAUUUAUAGAUGGAGAAAACAAAAAUAAAAAGGGAAGUUUUAAGGAUAGAUGACAGAGUAGAGAUAUUGUAGGAAAGAUUUUAAUGGGGAUUUGUUAAGAAAGAUGGACCCAAUUUGAGGAUUCCAAAUUCUGUAAAAUUUGUAUUUUUGAGAUUAAUUUGUGGGUUUAUUUUAAAUUUAAAUUCUUUUUGUUUUCUUUCAAAAUGAUGUUAAAAAUGACAUUUGUACCAAACUCUUUUGUUUGAGAACCUGCUCUAGUGAAGCUUAUAGCGUGUUAAUCCUAUGUAUCUAUUACUACUAGUGGUAUCUCACUAAUUAUUAAUUUGAAUAUAAUAAUACUUUCUGCCUAA